GCCGGCCCGGGCCGGGUAGCGUAGUGGGCCAUUCCCAUCUGUACCGGGCCGGGUAGCGUAGUGGGCCAUUCCCAUCUGUACCAGGUCGGCCCGGGCCGGGUAGCGUAGUGGGCCAUUCCCAUCUGUACCGGGUCGGCCCAGGCCGGGUGGCGUAGUGGGCCAUUCCCAUCUGUACCGGGCCGGCCCGGGCCGGGUAGCGUAGUGGGCCAUUCCCAUCUGUACCGGGCCGGCCCAGGCCGGGUAGCGUAGUGGGCCAUUCCCAUCUGUACCGGGUCGGCCCGGGCCGGGUAGCGUAGUGGGCCAUUCCCAUCUGUACCGGGUCGGCCCAGGCCGGGUGGCGUAGUGGGCCAUUCCCAUCUGUACCGGGCCGGCCCGGGCCGGGUAGCGUAGUGGGCCAUUCCCAUCUGUACCGGGCCGGGUAGCGUAGUGGGCCAUUCCCAUCUGUACCGGGCCGGGUAGCGUAGUGGGCCAUUCCCAUCUGUACCGGGUCGGCCCAGGCCGGGUAGCGUAGUGGGCCAUUCCCAUCUGUACCGGGUCGGCCCAGGCCGGGUAGCGUAGGUUGUUUACAUAUCUGGGUGGCCUGGUAUUUUCCCGGGCCAACCAAGGCUCAUUCUCAGCCCUCUUCUCGAGGGGGUCUGCUUCAGGCCACCAGGGCCAACACGCCCACUCUCCACUGAUUGGUCAAGUGAUGUGUUACCCUCCCCUUCAAUAAAAUCUUCUGAUUGGCCCUGCGGUGUUAUUUGUAGUGAUGUCACAGAAUCACGCCCACCUCUAACUCAACUCAAUCUUCAGUUCUCCAGCGUUGACAUCAUGGCUUCUCCCUGCUCCCAGACCUCAUCUCCUAACCCCUGGAGCAAUGAAGAGGUUAAACCCCUCCUCUCUUUGCUCAGCGACGAGAGAAUCCAGCGCGAACUGGACGGUUAGGUGCGUAAUGAAAAGAUCUUUCAGGGGCUUGCACUGGCGAUGUCCACCCACGGCUUUGAACGCACCUCUAAGCAGUGCUGAGAAAAAAUAACAAAGCUCAAAGCUGAGUACAGGUCCGUCAAGGACCACAGCAGCAGGAGUGGAGCAGACCGGCGGCAGUGGAAGUGGUUAGCCGAAAUGGACGCCAUUUAUGGUGAGAGGCCAGUGAGUAAUGGCCGGCAGAGUGGCGUGGACACAGCCACUCCAGCUCACACUGGACCUCAGGACAACGAUACAACUCUGGAAAUGUGCGCUGAUGAGAGCCAGGACGUGCCCGACACCGGGGACAUGGACGCUGGGCCCUCAUCUGCCGACAGCGGGCGUAGCUGCAGCCCGAGCGUCUCAGCGCCGUCGGUGGACGACAGACCACGCUACGGAAAAAGAAAGCGGGGGAGCACCAGCGUGUCACCAUUGUUGGAGACGCUGGUGGAGAGUGACGCGGGGCUCCUGGAGACAGCGAGGAGGAUGAACGCUCGAAUGGAGCAGCAAACUGAGGCAGAUGCGGAGGACAGACGCCUGGACAGGGAGGAGAGACGAGAGGAGAGGAUGGCACAGCAGCAAGUUAACGACUCCUUUUUGGAUGUGCAGUUUGGUGUCUGCUGUUGAGAAAUCAACCAAAUGACCUGAUUUUUUUUCUUUUCUUUUCUAGAUGUGCAAUAAAGUGUUUGACAGUGCAGCGUGUAAUCCAUCAUUGUCCUUUACACAGAAUGUGAAGUGGAAAGGUCCAAUUAUAGUUUCAAUAUAAAACUUUGUGCUAACAUAGCAUACACCAGCCUUGGGUAUUUGCUUUAUUCAACUCAGAUUUAUAUAGGAGUAAAUACCAGGUAGGUGUCAGUGUAGCCAAGACUAGGUGAUAUGUCAGCAGGAGUGUAGAGAUGGAUCAGAAGCUCUAAUGUGCCCCCCACACUUGGCUAAUAAGAACUUUUGUCAGUCAGGCAUCACUGUAAACAAGAGUCCAAAUAUUUACCUGCACUUGCCUUAACAACUUGAGACGUAUGGCUAAGCCUUGGAUGUGCUUAAAACAAUUGUAAGUCAGCUUUAUCUAGCUCAGGGUUUCUCAACGGGGGCUGUAGCGCCCCCCAGUGGGCAUUCAGGCUAUAUAAGGGGGCGGUGAAAGUUUUUUGCCACUGAAGGGGGCGCUGAGAUGCUAAUGGUGGGCGCUAGCGAUACAGGACAUUCAUAACAGACAAUGGCUCAGAAUAAAAAGAAGUGCUGACAGUACAAUGUGGACUACCUUCAGUAUGGAUUUAUUCCUUCACCCACGAAUCCACAACUCCCCAUGUGCCUGCUUUGUGAACAAGUUUUUUUGAAACGAAGCAAUGAAACCCUCCUGGCUUAAGGAUGCAUCCAGACAAAGCUUUAAAGGAACUGAACUAUUUUCAGGUAAACAAAGAGAGACACUCUAAGAGAGGUAGCAUUAGCGGUAUGUUUGCUCGAAGCAUGAAUUUACUGGACCGAGGAUUAUCGCUCCCUACAAUAUCUCGUUGCUAAUAGCUAAAACCACUUUUUUAUGAUACUUUUUUAUGACAUAUUUGUAUGAAACUGUUUCAAAU